GGAAAAAGAUACAUCACCUAACCCCCACUCAGACCGAGAUAAUCCGGAUUUUAUCUCCCAGAACAGCGUCGUCCAGCUUACAGUAAGUAGAAUACGCUUCAAUAUUUGUCCAUGUAACCCCCUGUGUGAUUUGCCAUUCAUUGUUCGAAUUAUGCUCAGGUUUCUCACCAUCAUCAUUGCAGCUGUCCUCUUCCCCAAUCUCAUAUUUCCAGAUGGACAUCGAUCUAAGCAGGAGAAAUAAGAAGCCCCGUCUCCUAUUAGAAUCCGAACGAGACAGACUCGAGGAAUUUAUCGACUCUAUCCACUACUCAGCCAGGUAUUCUGACGACCAAUUUGAAUAUCGACAUGUUCAGCUUCCAAAGAACAUGCUCAAAAAAAUUCCAGCCGAUUAUUUUGAUAGUGCCAAGGGAACAUUGAAGCUGCUAUGGGAAGAAGAAUGGCGAGCGCUUGGUAUCACACAGGUAUACUUGCAUGAAUGCUGACAAGCACCCCUUUUCCGGGAAGAACAAAAAAAGAAACUAAUUGCCGCAUCAGAGCUUGGGUUGGGAGCAUUAUGAAGUACAUGAGCCGGAACCACAUAUUCUUUUGUUCAAGUGAGGCCUCUAUAUGAUCUACAGUCUUGUCUAUUACUAACCUAGUAUACAGACGUCCUCUGAACUACCAGGCUCCAGUGUCGCAGUAAUCAUGAUGGCAGACAUACAGCCUUUCCC